AUGUCAGUAUUACAGCAUAGAUUACAACCAUGCAUUCUUCAUGCGAAACAUAAAGCCAGAUCUGAAUUAUUCGAAGAAGAUUGGAGCAGCACGAAAUAUUGCGAAACAUUUGAAACAUUGAGUGAAAAGUUGACAGGAGAUAAUAUUGAAAGGGUGGACGCUUCCAAAAUUACUGUUGAAGAAUUCGCUGAAAAUUAUGAGUUACGUCAUGUACCUGUUGUUCUUACUGGUUUGACUACAUGUUGGUCCGCGACUAGAAAAUGGUCAAUUCCUAUGUUGCUAAAGAAAUAUCGGAAGCAAAGAUUCAAAUGUGGUGAAGGAGAUAACGGACGUUCCGUGAAAUUGAAAAUGAAGUAUUUUUUAGAAUACAUGAGACAAACGGUUGACGAUAGUCCGCUCUAUAUAUUUGAUAGUACUUUUGGCGAGCGGUACAAAGUAAGGCGUUUAUUGGAGGACUACCAUGUGCCACAGUUUUUUGCGGAUGACUUAUUUCGUUAUGCGAGGUCCUCCCGUUCUGGCACGGGAUUGCACGUCGACCCAUUAGGGACCAGUGCUUGGAAUGCUCUUGUUAAAGGUUCCAAAAAAUGGUGCUUUUUCCACCCGCAAACACCAAAAAAUAUCUUGGAACCAAUGAAGAAAGAGGGUGGCAUUCAUCCUAAUGAAGCAAUCACCUGGUUUACUACUGUGUAUGGACGAAUUAGCUCCCCUAAUUGGUUGGAACAGUGGAGACCCAUAGAAGCUGUGCAGUAUCCAGGAGAAGUCAUAUUUGUUCCCGGUGGAUGGUGGCAUGUCGUCCUAAACCUGACUGACACGGUCUCUGUCACUCAAAAUUUUUGUUCCAAAGUGAAUUUGCCUCUAGUUCUCCUCAAAACGUUGGCUGGAAGACCAAAAUUUUGCCAACACUGGUUAAAAUGUUUACGGAAGGCUCGACCAGAUAUCCUACCAAUUAUCGAUGGUGUUUUGAAGAAUGUAGACGGUUUUAUAAAUUUCGCGGAAUCAUCAUCCAAUGAUUCAAGUUCUUUAACAGAAUCUUCUGACAGUGAAAGUGAAAGCCCAAAUCCACCACUUCAACAGUAUCCCUUUAGUAUGAAAUCAGCAACUAUUACCAAAAGGAUCGUCCUGCCCUCAAGAAAGAGAGUAAGCGAAGUAUGUGACAACUUUGUGUGUCCCGCAAAGAUAUAUUGCAGUCCCGUGUAA